UAAAAAUAAAAAGUACAUGUUUUCAAAAAAAGUUACUCAAGUAAAUGUAACUGAGUAAAUGUAACGAGUUACUCCCCAACUCUGUGAAUAUUUCCCUCCAGUUGUCCUGGCAGGGUGGGGUGGGCGCAUCCCGUCUCCAAUGGCAACCCGAUAGAUCAGCUCCAUCGAUAUUCGCGUUAUUGGAAAGCAGGAGGCUUUUCGGGGAGGAUCAGCGAUGUCGACGCGCUGUGGAUGUCUGUGCCAGCUGCGUGCCUGCGUGUGCGUGUUCACCUUGCACUGAGAGGGAGCUCGGGUAUUUCGGAGAGGUGGAGAUGCUGCUUUGUCAUUGAGGACCUCAGCAGCGGCAGCAUCAUCAGCAGCAGCAGCAUUAUUCUCCCACUCCGGCACGUCCGACGCUCAGCAUGCUGCAUCCUGAUGCGCUCCCGGCAGCGCUCGCUCUGUCUCUGUCUCGCUCAGCCCACCUGGAUUUUCUGGCGUUUCUCGUGUUUUUUCCAGCCCGGUAUGUGCGUGUUGACUGAAGCGGCUGCAUACCGUCGACUCGUGUCAAUGUUUGAGCCGGAGGAGAGCGGCACGUCCCAAGUGUCGGAGAAGAUACGACCCAUCCUGCGGAUGCGCUGUUGCUGCUUUGCCUCCAGCGGGAGCCCAACUGUUUGCAGGAGCGUCGAGGAGGCCAGGAGCGAAGACUUGGACAGGGACGUUUCCGUGCUGAAGACCAACUUGAACGGGGACUGCCGCUUUUUCCGGAGCAGCAUCUCUUCCAUCACCGGGAGGCAUCCUGCGGGCUCGGAUCCAGCGGAGCAGCGGUGCCUCCUGCCGGAGACGGACGCCGGGGCCAGCGAGAGUUCACCCGGGGAGCCGGGGGCCCAGGACCGGGCGGCGGGCGGGCUGCAGGUCGGCGCACCCGGGCAGCCGUCCGUGUUCGACCAGUCAACUUUGAUCAAGUUGGAGGACGCGGACCAGAUCAUACCCGAAGAUGACCGACUGUACCAGGCCGGCUUCAUGCACCGGCAGUUCGGGGCAAUGCUCCAGCCGGGAGUCAACAAGUUUUCCCUGCGGAUGCUGGGCAGCGAGAGGGCCGUGGAGCAUGAGAGGGAACGCGUGAAGUCCGCAGGCUUCUGGAUAAUCCACCCGUACAGUGAUUUUAGGUUUUACUGGGACCUGACCAUGCUUUUGCUGAUGGUGGGAAACCUCAUCAUCAUCCCCGUGGGAAUCACCUUCUUCAAGGACGAGCACACGCCGCCGUGGAUCGUCUUCAACGUCGUGUCGGACACCUUUUUCCUCCUGGACCUCGUUCUCAACUUUCGCACCGGCAUCGUUAAGGAGGACAACACGGAGAUCAUCCUGGACCCGCACCAGAUCAAGGUCAAGUACCUGAAGAGCUGGUUCGUUGUGGACUUUGUCUCCUCCAUACCUGUGGACUACAUCUUCCUCAUCGUGGAAACUCGCAUAGACUCGGACUUUUACAAGACGGCCCGGGCCCUGAGGAUCGUCCGGUUCACCAAGAUCCUCAGUCUGCUGCGGCUGCUGCGUCUCUCCAGACUCAUUCGCUACAUCCACCAAUGGGAAGAG